AUGCAGUCUCCCGUAACUCGCUUAGAAGCCGAUGGGACCACGGAACACGGUCAGGUCCGGUAUGCGAAGCCGUCGGAAUGGGCUGCCCACAAAGACAAGAUCAAGAGGCUGUAUUUGGACGAGAACAAAACCCUUGACGAGGUGAGGCGCAUCAUGGCAGAUGAAUGCCAAUUUCAUGCGACGCCUAGUAUGUAUAAGAAGCGCAUAAGAACCUGGCACCUUUCGAAGAAGCUAGAAGAAGAAGAUGUUUUGGAAGUACUUCAACAAAAGCUGGAAAGAAAAGCAGCGGGAGAGCCCACACAGAACCUUGUGAUCCGGGGGCGGGUAGUGAGAAACCAACGCCUCAGACGGUUCCUCGAGCGGCGGCCAGAUGUCCUUACGCGGCUUCAAGGCCAUCCAAACUCGGCCGCGGCUACAGGCUCUCCUGCGUCGUCUUACGGGACGCCAAUUCAAGUCCCUAGAGUACGCCCGUUAUCGCCAGAGUCUCGUAACAUGGAACGGACCCUCUCAGCAGUACGUGAUUAUGUCCGGAGCCCCCUGUGGAUCGCCGAUCAGGGUCGUACUUUUCAAAACAUAACAGUAAUAGAUAUGAGAAAAUCAAGGGCCAAUAUGCUCCAAGCCGUUGAUGAGUUCUACUGGCUGCAGGCUUCCAUCGACAAUGACAAGCCACCCAAGGUAGUCUUUCAGCUCGUGAAUUCUGCGUUGAACCGCCUCAAUGAUGCCAUGAGGGCACAGCUACCAGACUUCUUCUUUCAGAUGCUCGAAAUUCUUCAGCACCCGUGGUCAAAUCAUAGUGAGCUGUCGCAUAUAUUUCGACGACACGUGGCAGAGCUUGCCGUUGCGCACCUGGGUAGGAACCACCCCAUGUCUAUCUUAUGGAUACACCUCUUAAGGGAGAAGCACGAUGUCAACGUCAACAGCAUUACUGAGGAUGUCCUGGAGCUUUUGCUCCAAGAACUUCUCAUCGCCAAGGGCCCACAGGACCACCUAACCUGCAUGGCGCUCGACUACUUACUCCGGUUCUUGAUACAUACCGAAGGUGCGUACCCGUCAUGGGUACGAUUCAAACGCUGGUUGGAUACAUAUCCUGGAUGGGACGAUGCGAUAGAGUGGCAAAGCUAUGUGCAGUCGACAAUAGAAGCACAAAACGUGGAAACCUCCAACGUGUCCUCGGUUAUACAACAUCCCCAAGUCGGCAGUGCCCGCCGUUUGACAUCGGCCGCUGUAGAAUAUGAGCGGCCUAGUGGUCAUACUGUUGGGGACCUCCACUCCGGAUAUCUCCUGCCGUACUUGGCAGGGAGGAUUUCUAUUAGAAACGGCGAUACCGACCGAGCUGAGGGUCUAUUUCUGAAAGCCAAGGCGGUGGCAAGACAAGCUCGCCAACCUCAUCUCACCGACUACUACGUCAAGGCCUACACGAAUCUCCACGUUCUUUACGUUGCAACAAGACAAGAUCAGAAGCUGGAGGAGUUACACAAGGAACUAGCAGAAUUCAAGGCUGAAGUGCCGCCGAAUAUGAAAUGGCCGAGGGAGAACCUACCAUAUCAAUGUUUCGACUGCGUCUAG